GAUAAAAAGUUCCUCUUCUUCUUUUUGUUUGAAGGCUUGAAGGCUUGAAGCUGUGAAGCUGAUUCGAUUUAGAGCCUUUGAGAAUUUCGCCAAAAUCAAAUUUAGGGUUUCUGUAACCAUGUCUGCUCGGUAUCUGAAGAAAGUUCUCAAGGAAGAACAAGAGGAGCGACAACUGGAAUCAGACCACGAAGAAGAAGACGACGACCACCGCCAGCUCAACGGCAAAGCAAAGGUCAACCCUUUCGACCUCCUCAACGAAGAGGAAGACGAUGCCGACGACCACCAGGAGGAUGAGUCAGAAACUGUUGAUGAACCCUCGAGUGUGGUGAAGCCUAGUGCUGAUGUGGUUUCGACAUCCAGUCAAAAAUCCAAGAAGAAGAAGAAGAAGAAAGGCAAAGAGGGCUCUUCUUCUAAUGCAGCUUCACCGAGAGUUAAAAAGUCGCCGGAUGAGGUUCUGGAAGAAUUCUAUGAGUAUGCGCAUGAAAGACAAGCCGAGACGAGGGCUGGUGGUGAUGCGGUUAAGCAUUCGUAUGAAAAGUAUGUGCCCUUCAUAUUGCAAGUGGAUCCCAAGUACUUGAAUGCCGACAAUGAGAUGCGAAGAAUCUUUGGGGCUAAGGUGGUCAAGUCGUUUGAGAAGAAUCAACAGAGUGGAAGCUCUAGAAUGGCGCGUGGUGGAAGACGCGGCGCAGUUCAUAGGAAGUCUUUCCUUGUCACUCCGUUGGAGCAUUGGCCUCGCUGGGACGGUGCUAUGAACAUGGAACUCCUUCACUCCCCCAAUGGAUACUAUGAUUAUCGAUAUACCUAUUCGUCAGCCUACCGUCAAGCUCAGAGUGCAUUUGAAUCUGCCAAAGCUAUACAUGAUCUCAAUGCCAUUGCAAGUGUUUUAUUAUACUAUCCUUACCAUUUAGAUUCGCUACUAACCAUGGCAGAGUACUUUAAGUUUGUGGGUGAGCAUCAAAUGUCAGCAGAUGCUAUCUCAAAGUGCUUAUAUGCUUUGGAAUGUGCAUGGUCUCCAAUGUUCACUCCCUUUAAGGGUGAUUGCCAAGUGAAAUACAGCCAUGAAGCAAACAAACCGCUGUUUGUUGCACUUUUUACUCACAUGAAAAGUAUGGACAGACGUGGCUGUCAUCGAUCUGCUUUAGAAGUUUGCAAGUUUUUACUGUCACUAGAUACUGAUGAUCCAAUGGGGGCCAUGUUCUGUAUUGACUAUUUUGCGGUGAGGGCAGAGGAGUAUGCAUGGCUAGAACGUUUCUCUGAAGAAUAUAAAAGUGAUAACACCCUAUGGUUGUUUCCAAAUUUUUCAUAUUCCCUUGCCGUAUGCCGAUUGUAUCUUGAGAAAGCGGAAUCUUCGAAAGAUCCAGCUAUGGAAACCACCAAGGCUACUUCGACUGAUCUUAUGAAGCAGGCAUUGAUGCUUCAUCCCACAGUCCUCAAGAAACUAGUGGCAAAGGUUCCUUUGAAGGAACGGGUGUGGACGGAUAUACUCAAAAAUGCAUUCUUCCAAGCAGAUGAAGUAGGAAUCCCAUCCUUGGACCACCUGGUUAACAUAUACGUUGAGAGUAAUCAUAUUAUAUGGAGGCUUCCAGAAUUGCAGAAAUUGCUGCGGGAAGCUGCACAGCUCGUGAUCGAGACUCUAAGACAGAAUAGUAGUGAAAAGAAUGAUUGGGCAUGUGUGAGAAAAGAAGCAUUCUCAUCUGACAAGAAUGAGUAUUCCCACUUGUUGGUUUCAGAUUUCUCUUAUACAUUGCCUGCUGCCCCACCUGAAAAUUUGCAACAUUUUAUGGCCAAUGCAAGGAUGGAGGAUGUUGUGCAUAAUGAGCAGCAUCUAGUCAAUCUAAAUGAGGGUGGCCAUGCUCCCCGUGAUGUUGCAAAUCGAAAUCCAUUAGCGGUCUUGUUUGAGUCGGUCUUACCAUGGGUUCAUUAUGGGGAAGGAGCGGUUGUUGAGGAGGAAGACCAACAAAAUGGCCAUGGUCCGGGCAAUCAAGAACAUUGAGUGUUAAUGACAUUGAAAAUAUGCUAUAGCAAGUUUUAGACAAAGCUCUCAAGUGUUUCUGCUACAGGCGACUCAGGGAAAAUAUUUGCAAUUCUCUUUUCUGUGGCAGUAUUACCUAUCAUACUUUAGCUGCUAACAGGACCAUUUGAUCGAGACUAAGUACCAUAUGAAUUUUCUUUUUCUUUUCAGGAUACCCUUUAUGUGUUACCUGUUAACCUUUUACAUUUGAAUUUAUACUUGUUGCAUCAC